AUGGCUGAAGCAAGCGACUGGCGCAUGCUACUGUGCCGAGUGCGUGAGGCAUUGCAGAGGGCACCAGUAUCCACGCUCGAGGCUGCCCAGGUCGAACUGAGAAAGAUGUUGGCGGAACUGGUGGUCCGCUGUGGCAAGCCCUCGGAUGAAGCUGAGAUGGAUGCUGCCAUCGCGCACGAAAUGGGGCUCCAGGGCUACCACGUGGAGUCCGCGGCGCCCGAGCUGGACGACUCCGCCCUGGUGGCGCAGGAGCCGCAGAUGCACAAGCGGCGCCGCCUCACGGGCAAAACGACUUGCGUAGCCUCGUCACGGUUGGAGCUGGAGGAGUCAAGGAAGGAGGGCAACCUCCCAAGCGACGACGCGAGCGAGCAUGACGAGGUGCAAGCAGCAGCAGCAGCGCCCUCAUCCCCAGGCCAGUCCGACGAUGUGGGAAAAUUGGGUGGCACGGAAGUGAAUUCCCCCUACAUGGGCGAAGAGGAGCGCGCCUCUUCACCAUUGCCUGGGCUUGAAGACUGCGAGGACCCCUUGGAAGAGGAGACGAUCUUCGUCAGCCGGAAGGCAUUGUUGGCUUUGCAAAGCAGAAGUUUGAACAACGAGUCCAUUUCCAGCGACAGCAUCUACCGUCUCUUCGAUGCGAGCGCACUCCGGGAUGGUGAGGCAUUGAUUGCUUUGGAUGCUUCGCAGCUGUUGGAGCGCUGGCCAGCAACCGCUGCAGCAGGCGUUGAGGCACCGAUUGGUUUCAGCAUCCGCGCCUUAAGCAAGAAGCGCAGCCCCUGCCCACCACCACCGCCGCCACCACCACCACUACCAGCACCAGGACCAGGACCAGGACCACCAGGACCACCAGGACCACCAGGACCAGCAGCAGGAACGGGACCACUGCGCUUCUGCCUCCUUUCGAUAUCUUACAUCCGGGGGUCAAUCCUUGUCCCAGACUCGCACUGA